AUGUACAAGGGCGGAUGCUACAAGGAUAGCCAGGCACCUGGCAACACGAUGUGUGAAGCAGCAAAUGCUGGAGUAUGCACACAGGCUAAGGAAGGGUACUUCCUGCUACCAGACGCAGACGACUCUCACCAGUCGGUCAUACCGUGCGGAGAUGACACAGUAGUAACAGUUAGCGGCGAUAAGAAGUACAAGGGCGUGCUGCACUGUACUUAG